AUGGAUCGACAAACGGAUGGAUGGUUGGCUGAACAACAUGUUUUACCUCGCUAUGUAAGAGUGAACAUUUUAAAAGUAAGCAGUGAAAAAGUGAUUGAAAGAUUGAAAAAUGAUGGCAAAAUAUUAGUAAAGGAUAAGAAGUAUAACGACCUCAGUGUAAAUGAAUUUUGUGUAGAUAAAGAUAUCCCUGAUUUACUGGUCUUUGAAAGUAGAACCGAUUUUCAUAAAAAUUUGAUGUAUAUAAAUGGCGAAAUACUAUUGCAAGAUAAGGCUAGUUGCUUGCCAGCUUUUAUUUUAAAUCCACCAAUGGGUUCUAUGAUAAUUGAUGCAUGUGCUGCUCCUGGUAAUAAAUCUUCACAUCUAGCAAGUAUUACUCGCAAUAAAAGUCAUAUAUUUUCAUUUGACUUGGAUUUUAAUCGUUUAAAACUUAUGCAAAAGUUGCUGAAAAAAUCUGCAUGUACAUCUGUAAAAACAAAACACCAAGAUUUUCUUAGGGUGCAACAUUGUCAUCCUUUAUACUCAAAAGUAGAAUAUAUUUUGUUGGAUCCAUCUUGCUCAGGUAGUGGAAUUGUUUCAAGAAUGGAUGAAUUUUUAGAUAAUGAAGAAUCGACUUUUACAAAUGAUAGUAGAUUAAAGGCACUUUCCGGCUUUCAAACUGCUGCUUUGAGUCAUGCAUUACAAUUUCCAAAUGUGAAGAAAGUUGUUUAUUCUACUUGCUCUGUUCACAAAGAAGAAAAUGAAGAUGUGGUUGAAAAAGCCUAUAAUCGCUUUAAAGAAACUUUUCAUUUAUGCCAUGCUUUUCCUGAAUGGUCAAACCGAGGUUUAGGGGAAUGGGAACAAGCUUAUAAAUGCAUACGUGCUGUUCCUACAAUUGAUUAUACAAAUGGAUUUUUUGUUGCUCUUUUUGAGCGUUCGAAUCAUCAUGAUGUGAAUCUUGUAAAUGAAUUUAAAAAUCCACAAACAGGGAAUGAACUACAUGAAACAAAAGAUUUUCUAAGCAAAGACAUAAAAUUUAUUGGGGGUAUGAAAUCAGAAGUGAAAAAGAAAAAACUUAAAAGAAAAAAUCUUCUUUCAGAAAUUAGAGGUGAACCUUUUGUUUGCAAGAAGAAGAAAAAGAAAAGAUCUACGAGUAUAAAACAUCCUAUAGCCUACCCUACUUGUACAAAGCAUCCUAUCAAAGCACCAUAAUAAGUUGAGAUUUAACAAAUAAUUUAAAUAAUUAUUAAUUUAAAUAUGAAAUAAAUUUUUACUGUUAUUA